ACCGGACACGGGGUACCUUUCAGUACCGGGUUGCUGUAGCUGGGACGGGUCAAACCGCCGCUGAGAGUGGGAUCCAUCUGCUUGGCGCCUUAAUUCCAAUGUUUGCGAGUGCAUGACAUUGGCCUACCAUGUUUGCAACUUCCUGAUCGUGUCUAGAUAGAACUGUUCUGGAAAUAUGCCUCGGUCAGGAGAGUAGAGGAUCGCUGUCGCGUAAAAUAGUACCGAAGCCAAAUCUCGUCAUCACCAGCACGCAGCUCGCAAGAUCCAUAGCUACAGUUAGUUCGACGCAAGUCUCGCAGCCUUCCUUCACAAUGAAGUUCACCGCCGGUGUCUCCCUCUUUGCCGCUGUGGCCAGCGCUAUCUCGGUCGACCUGACCAAGCGCGACACCCCUCUCGAUGUUAAGCUCGAGAUGGUUGGCAACACUGCCGUCAAGGCCAGCAUUACCAACACUGGUGCUUCUGACCUGAAGAUCUUCAAGACGGGCACUUUCCUCGACGAGAACGCCCCCACCGAGAAGGUUGCUGUCUACCAAGGUGGCAACAAGGUCCAGUUCGAUGGUGUCAAGCUCCGUGUUAUGACCACCGGACUCGGCGAGGAGGCUUUUCAAACCAUCGCAGCUGGUGAAACCGUCGAAGCUACCUUCGACGUCGGCCAGGUCUACGACCUCAGCGCCGGCGGUAACUACGACGUCGUGUCCCUUGGCGCCAUGUCCUUCGCCGAGGCCAACACCACCGAAAUUUCCGGCGUGGUCCCUGUAUCCGGCAGCACCGUUAGCGCCCAGAUCGACGGUGCCGCAGCCAAGGAGGUUCGCCGCCGCUUCCACGCCAAGCGCAUUGACGUGCAGUCGGACUGCACAGGCACUAAGCUCAGCCAAACCAACACGGCUAUCAGCAACUGCCGUGCUUUGGCCUCCGCUGCCGCGACCGCGGCCUCAUCUGGCUCCGCCACCAAGGUGACCGAGUACUUCAAGUCGAGCACAAGCUCCGUGCGCAGCACCGUUGCUAGCGUCUUCCAGAGGGUAGCCAGCGAGUGCGGCAGCACCUCCUCCGGCGUUUCCGACCUGUACUGCUCCGACGUGUACGGUGCCUGCUCAUCCGGUGUUCUGGCCUACACCCUGCCCUCGCAAUCGUACAUGGUUAACUGCAACCUGUACUACACCGCGCUUUCGCCCAUCACCAGCACCUGCCACGGCCAGGACCAGGCCACCACCACCCUGCACGAGUCUACCCACUUGACCCAAAUCAAGGGAACCGAUGACUACGGCACCUACGGAUACAGCGGUGUUCGUGGCCUCAGCGCGUCCCAGAACCUGAACCACGCCGACACCUACGCUCUCUUCGCUAACGCCAUCUACGUCGGUUGCUAAGCGCGUCGAUCACUGCCACUGCACUCUCUUUGUUUCAGCUUCGGAUGAAGGAUGAAGAGGGGAAGAUACGAGCCGAGGUGUCUUGCUUUGCGAUGGAACGCUAGUGCCUGUGCCGCAAUAGAAAAAAGGGGGGGUUAAAGUUAGGAAUAUUGGAGCAACAGAAAGAGCAGGAGCCUAAAAAACAGGAGGAGAAAGCUUCUUGUUCCCCUUGCUUGAUCCCUCCUUUUAAAAUAAGCUCAGCACAAGACAAUUCGUUGUUUCAUCCUGCCUACCACUUUCCUUCGAUCUUCAUCUGACGGUGGGACAAAGCCCGCAAGAAGGCGGGGAGGGGAGAGUCGUUAGGCGACAAAGCGGGAUUCACGUGUCAUUUUCAUGAUUGUGUAUUGUGUAAUUGAAUGUUUAGCGUUAUGUGUUAGAAUAUGGAUAUCAAAAAAUGAAUGUCUUUUACGUGGUAUGACAAUACCUGCCUAGUAUGACAAGGAACAAGGCGAUUGUCGAUUGUUUGUCAAUUUGUACGAUUUAUUCAAUCAUUUGCUUUGCUGU